UACAGGCGAGUGGACACUGACUUAGGCGGCAAUCCACGGCCUCAGCAUCAUCAGCACACGUCGUGGCGGAAAAACUUUGGAACACAACAUCCCCAUCGUACAGACUGGAAAACAACCUGGAAAUGUCCUUAUACAAACACUGUAUCUCAUCUCAAACCAAAGACACGGAACUGUCAUGUUGAACACGUGACCUUGGUAAAAGCGACAUUCACGUGGAGGCAACAUACUCUGAUCACAGUGGCGGUGAAUGUUUGAUCUCGACGUGAUAUAUUUAGAUACCUUUCAGAAAUCCAAUAAGAGUUGACUUAUCAUUCAUUAUAGACAAUUAUACGCAAUAAUUCUACGUCGCAAGGUUAACAUCGACCCACUAUUGUGUUUGUACGGAGCUUAUGUGUCAGUGAGUACGGAGAGGACAGGUGAGGCGUUGUUGUACAUGUAUUAGUGUAACUCUAAAUAAAAGAAUUAUUACUUCAAAUUAAAAAUUUCAAAGACUGGACAGAUCGAAUAUAUGCGAGGUUUUGUACAUGAUAGACUCAUCGUUGGAAAUCCAUUUUUCGUACUAUUUCCCUGGAUGAUGUGACAGCGUCUGACAGGUUCCUGUCGUCAUCACCAGGAAACUAGUAAACAAGUCUUAAUCCCUCAUUAUUUCGAUGGACAAUAAAUCGAAAACCUUUUUUCGCGUCUUAAUUUGAAAUUGCUUAGCGGAAAUACGUUAUACGUGGAAGCUUUGUGAGUGAUGCGAUAAAUUGUCAUCGUAUUGAAAGGUAUUAGACAGACAUUAGUGAGAUACAUUGGGGAAUCCUUGUAAGUACUUACGGAGUAUAUAGCACAUCAUUUCGAGACAUUCUCGUCAAGUUUAAAAGACAUUUUAUGGUAUUUCUCAUUACCUAAUCGAUAAGGAGACAAUUCUGAUGUGUUUGACGAUUCAAAAAUAUAACUUGUCCACACUGUGAGUGCAAUUCGAGUGAAGGAUUUUAUUCCAUGUCACACACCGUAUGUAACAACCAAUAAGAAAACCAUCAGGACAAUUCUGAAAUUCGGUUGAUUUUGAUCAUACUGUACCGGAUAGAAACAGUCAAUAAAGAGCCAAUCAAAAACGGACGGAUCAUUGUCAUGUUUCACACGAGGUCAUUGGUAAAACCGGAAUAAAACAAGACUCGUUCGUAAGUGAGAGGUGUCGAGGGACUUCAGUGAGAAGAAUAGACCAGGAUCGCGCAUCUAUAUAGACGUCAAGUGUAUCAUUUCACAACCUGAUGAGCAGACAACGGGGCCAAUACGAGCCGUACAUCAGAAUAAGUAAAUAUAUUUCACCCAAGAUAAGAUUAUAGAAGACUUGAACAAAUAUAUCGACUAGUUUAUAACAUAAAACAUUUCCCAGGAGUAAGAGGUUUGAACUUGCUUGGUUUCUUUACUGAUAUAUGUACAUCAUCAGGUCAAAGGGGCUGAUAUAUAUAAUAUAUCGUUCAGAAUACAGCACGCAAAGGGAAAGAUUCUCUAGAUUUCUGAGAACAAUUUAUAUGGCUUCACGCGGUCGAUGAUAUUUUGCGUAUUGUACAUAAGGAUCAAGUGAUUUAACAAAUCAUCAUCAGGUCGGAAUCUAGCGGCUAACUUAUAAGGAGUUAAUUGGCGUUGAUGUAAGUCGAGUUUAACAUUGACCAUUCCGCUGAAUUAAGUGUUGAUGCAGUUCUUUGUUGUGAAUAGUGUUUGACACGUUAAAAACUUGCUAUAGUUGACUGUUCAUCUAUUCACUAAAUGUAACAAUAAACGAACAUAUCACAUUAGCGGGUCAAUGAUCGUAUCCGAUUAAAACUGCAUGGCAUUUCCUUGACGUAAAAGUGGAGCAAUGGCCGGCAUGUGAACAUGUAUUCAUCUUUGUAAGCUGUGUUUUAUGAGAUAUUAAUGAGGAUUUGCUGGUGGAAUGCGCGCCAUCGAUAAGUGAACACAAUACAUUGGCUCGGUCUACAUAGUGUGUUUAUUGGAGACAAGGUACAUGUUAAAAACAAACCUUUGGAUUUCAGCGUGUUGAAGGAUUUAAAGUGAAAUUAACGAUAACUUGUGUUUGGACAAGCAGGAAGUAAAAUGGCGAACAAUUUCAGUAACUUUUCUUUCCCACCAAGCACGAAUUGGGAAGGGUACGUGACGGCUGUAUUUAUGUCAUUCCUGAUUUUCCUUACUCUUGUAGGAAAUAUGUAUGUCGUGGCUGCCAUUUUCAUAUAUAAACCAUUGCGAAGUGUUCAGAACUUCUUCGUCAUAUCCCUGUCUGUGGCCGACAUGGCAGUGGCCAUACUUGUCAUGCCGUUCCAUGUCUCUAACAUAUUAUUCAACGAAUGGAUUUACGGAUUUGCAUUUUGUGACCUGUGGCUGACUUUUGAUAUUUUAUUGUGUACGGCUUCCAUUUUGAAUAUCUGUGUCAUUGCUCUGGAUCGUUACUUCGCCAUACACGACCCUUUGAACUACGCGGCUAAAAGGACGAUUAAACGAGUGCUGUUCAUGAUAGUGGCUGCCUGGGUAUCGAGCGCGGCCAUAUCAGUACCACCAUUAUUUGGGUGGAGUGACAAAACACACGGGAGUUUGUUUGAUCCUGAAAGUGGACAAUGCCAUCUGACAGAGGAAAAAGGAUUUGUCAUCUACUCCGCAUGCGGUUCAUUCUAUAUUCCACUGGCAAUAAUGUCAUUCGUCUACCUUAAAAUAUUUCUUGCAACACGGAAACGCCUUCGUGAGAGAGCUAAAGCCUCUGCUGCUACCAAGCUCUCGUGCAUGACUGGGGCUCGGCCUAGUCCAAAUAUUAGCAGUGACCCUGCGUCAGAGGCAAGCACUGAGCCAGUACUGAAAGAUAAUACAAACACACCGAUAAAGUCUAAAACGGUGACGGCCAAGAAUCCAGGAACAUCAUCCACGGAGACUCGUGUGUACUUAGCGGUGAACAAUAACCCUGUGUCGGCUCAAAAAAUAUCCACGUUCUUCGAACAAAAGCAGAAAAUUUCCCUCUCAAAAGAACGGCGUGCAGCUCGAAUUCUUGGAUUCAUCAUGGGUGCAUUCAUCUUCUGUUGGCUUCCUUUCUUUCUGUAUUACGUCAUCAUGCCGUUUUGUUCAAGUUGUAUUAAGGACGGUACUGCCACUGUUGAGAUGUUCGUGGUGGUUCUUGGGUACGUCAAUUCCAGCCUCAAUCCCAUCAUUUACACCAUAUUCAAUAACGACUUUCAGAAAGCUUUUCAGUAUAUCUAUGUCAAGAAGUUAAGAUGUAAAAGCUCCAGGUCGACAACAACGAUAAAGAUCAAUGGUCAAACAAUGGUGUAAGAUAUGUGUAUGGAUUAGUACACCUUGUCUGUUUACGAAAAAAUGAUGAUGUUGCAUUAUGUUGUUUUUCUGAUCUAAUACAUCGCUUGUCCUUUUAUUUCAUGAACGGUAAAGGUGUAUACUUCGAUAGCAAUAUGAUUUUUCUGAUUUAAUAAAUACGCUCUUUUUCACUUUAAUUUCUUGAGCUGUUCGGACUAUACACCUAUUGUGUUAUAUAAUCAUUGCCAACAAACGUCAUUAUAAUGUGCCAUUAAAUAUGAUUUGACAUAUAUUAAUUUAACUUUGAUUUUAUGUAAUACGUGUAUAACAUUACUCGGUGAUAUUGAUCUAUUUUGUGUUAUAGAUGAUUGAUGAAUGGCGGGUUAUACAAUAUAUAUUUAGGUCGUUAUUCCUUAAUGUUAAAUAUAUCUGUCCUUGAAUUCUAGGAAGCAGUAUAUACUUCAAGCAAAAUAUGUUGUCGUUAACAUUUACUUUUCAACAUUAAGGACUAAAACAUUAGCAUAGAUAUCUUUGAAAAUAUGAUAAAUAAUAGUGAUUGUUUUUUUUCAAUAUUUUUGAGGACAAAAUAGAAACGCGAAUUAAAGAUAGAAAAAAUCCGAAUAAAUUAAUAGAGAAACUUAUUAUUUAUAUUACAUUUUUGUGAUUUCAUAUUAUCGCGAAAACUACAUUUUGUUUCAAUUUUGUGUCAAACUGCAAGAACAAGAAGCCUGAAGAGUGAGUGGAAUGUUACAUGUGGUGGUCCACUUGAUAAUUAAUCCCACACUCGUAAAAUGGAAACUAUGUAUUUCUAAUUGAGUCUGCAUGUUUCGCAUGACUGUUGUUUAAGCCAUGAUUCAGCGUAAAUGAGUUUGAAAUGUUAGUGUAUUGAGCUGUAUUUUACAGAACAAUUGAUUUUAGAAAUGUGAUUGUUGUAUAUGAAAUCAUUAAACAUAUACAAAAUAAACUAUAGUGUGAGCUAGGUACAAGGAGAUUGUAUAAUUCUAACCGAUAUUACUAUCCUAUGAUUUUUGCCCUUUAUUGUAAAAUGCUUAUCCGAUAACAUAUCAAAUUUGCUCCCUUUCUCUACCCGCACACUUUUCAUGUUUAUUAAAACUCGCGACUGUCUAGUUUAUAUUAAUAACUCAGUGCUGCCCCCUACCUAAAUAUUUUAGUUGAUAUUAAGGACUUACUGCUGCCCCCUACCUAAAUAUUCUGGCUGAUAUUAAGGACUUAGUGCUGCCCCCUACCUUAAUAUUCUGGCUGAUAUUAAGGACUUAGUGCUGCCCCCUACCUAAAUAUCCUGGUUGGUAUUAAGGACUCAGCACUGCCUCCUACCUUAAUAUUCUAGUUGGUAUUAAGAACUCAGUACUCUUCCCUACCUAAAUAUACUGGUUUGUAUAAAAGACUCAGUGCUGCCCCCUACCUCAAUAUUCUAGUUGAUAUUAAGGACUUAGUGCAGCCCCCUACCUAAAUAUUCUGGCUGAUAUUAAGGACUCAAUGUUGCCACCUACCUAAAUAUUCUGGCUGAUAUUAAGGACUCAAUGUUGCCACCUACCUAAAUAUUCUAGUUGAUAUUUAUAACUCAGUUCUGCCCCCUACCUAAAUAUUCUAGUUGAUAUUAAGGCCUCAGCCAUAUAUCCUAUAUUCAUAUGUAUAACAUAUAUAUUUUAUGGUUCUACUGGUUACCCGUCUCAUUCUUUAUUAUAGGGUUUCCCUUCUACUUCUGAUGAUUAAAUUGAUGUACACCAGCGGACAGUGUUUCUUCUCUUCUUCUGAUUAUUAAAUUGAUGUAAACCAGUUAAUAGUGUUUCUCUGCUUCUGAUUAUGAAAUUGAUGUUCACCGUUGAUAGGGUUGUUCCUCUACUUCUAAAUAUUAAAUUGAUGUACACCGUUAAUAGUGUUUCUCCUCUCCCUCUAAUUAUUAGAUUGAUGUAAACCAACUAGCGGAUAGGGUUUCUCCUCUGCUACUGAGUACUAAAUAUUGUACACCAGUUAUUAGAUCAUUAACCUUGCGGCCAUUGACAUGCUUGCGUGUGAUGUCAAACAUCUUAAAUGCUUAAGUAAAUACACAACUGAUCCUAUUUCGGAUUGCGUGUUGCGCAAAAUUAUUGAUGAUAUUGAUUGUAAACGUGUUUUCACUGUUUGAGAUUUCGUCUGAAACCUUUCCAGUCUAUUGAUAAUAAUAACGGAAGCUUAUCUUCCCAAUAUCAUAGGGAACGACCCCUCAUUCCUAUUGUCAACAGAUAAGAACUGUAUCGUUUUACAUUACAAUGUCAUCAUUGUUAGCUUAAGAUUUGUUCUUAACUUGUUGAGCCUUCUUUUGUUUUUAUUUUCUGAUUAUGAAUUUAACAAAUCAUGUUUUUUCUGUAUGUUGCUUAAUUGCUUUUAACUUCAAUUACUCAACUUGUUUUAUCGUAAGAGUCAUUCAGUAACAACAGAUUGAAUAGACAUUUUUUGUAUUCGUUUUGAUUUUUAUCGAUUUCGUGGUUCUGUAUCAUAAGGAUUCGGUUUUAUAUUUGGACUUGUUUUCAUUUUACGUGUAUUUUACUGAAUGAAUCCAUUUAAUCAUUUUACGAAUAAAUAUCUGAAAUUCUA